GCCGGAAUCCCCUUGGAGGAAAUGUAGGCACAGACUCGCACUGGGCUCGCUGCUCGCCCACUUUCGCAUCUAGCUCAGUUGUUUAAGGCAAUAACAACAACAUCAUCAACAACAACAAGAAGUCUUCAAAAUGAAGGUCUCCAGCAUUGACUGCCGGCGUCUAAAGAAGAUCAUCAGGAAGGAGUGCGGCAGCUGUCUGAUUGUGGACUGUCGACCCUAUUUUUCAUUCACGAACUCCAGUAUCAGAGGGUCCGUCAACGUCAAUCUCAACUCUCUGGUGGUCCGGAGGUCCCGGGGAGGGCCUGUGCCUCUGCAGUUCGUCAUCCCGGACGAGAGAGCCCUGUUUCGGCUCCGGGAAGGGAGCAUAUCGGCGAUCGUGGCUCUCGAUGACCGGACGUCCCACUGGCAGAAGCUGAAAAAGGACAGUGUAGCACAAAUAGUAAUAAACACCCUGUCGCAUCUAGCGAGCGGGGCAAGCAUCUGCUUCUUGAAAGGAGGAUACGAAAACUUCUACUCUCAAUACCCUGAACUUUGCACUGAGGUGAAAACCAUUGACCAGAGCGGAACUGAAACCGAGAAAAGAGUCAGCAGCCACAGCGAGAAGCUUUCUCACCGCAAACCAGAUUAUGAUCAGGGUAAACCCGUAGAGAUCCUGCCUUUCCUCUACCUCGGCAGUGCCUAUCACGCUUCCAGACAGGACUAUCUCAGCGACCUUCACAUCACAGCCUUGCUCAACGUGUCGCGUCGGGACCUGCAUCCGACCAGGGGCCACUAUGACUACAAGUGGAUCCCGGUGGAGGAUAGCCCCAUGGCCGACAUUAGCUCACACUUUCAGGAGGCAAUAGAAUUCAUUGAUCAAGUGAAGCAAUCAGGAGGGAAGGUACUGGUACACUGCGAAGCAGGCAUCUCACGCUCGCCCACCAUCUGCAUGGCGUACAUCAUGAGGACCCAGAAACUGAGGCUUAAUGAAGCCUUCGAGGUCAUCAAGCAGCGGCGCUCCGUCAUUUCGCCGAACUUCAGCUUCAUGGGCCAGCUGUUGCAGUUCGAGUCCGAGGUCUUGUCCAACGCUCCGGCCAUGGCUGCCACGCCCGAACCGGCCACUCCGUGCGUCACAGAGUCAGCCUCGUUUUUUGCCAAUGACUUCUCCGCCACUUUCAGCACCAAAAACUUUGAGCCAUCCAUGUUCACCCUCCCUACCUCUUGCCUGCAGUCCCCAGUACACCACCCGUUGAAACUGAGCCCAAUAACUGCACUGCCUUAAAGAAAAAAAAAAGAACUACGAUUGCUUGGUAGUAUUACUUGAAAUUUUAAGAAUCAAUGCUUUCUGCGUGCCUGAUGUUGAAACCAGCAGAGCGAGUAGACGCAGCGGAAAUCAGCAAGAGACACAGCGAAGAGUUAAAAAUAACAAAGAACUGUGUUCAACUGAAAGGUUUUCCCGUCUUUUGAGCUGCGACGAUGAAACAACACAGCACAGUGAUUAACUGCAAUAUACAUGCCUUAGGUUAAUAUUGUGAUUCACUUGCCUAUUCACAAUUACGGUUAGGCAUUUAAACCUAAUUUAUUUAAAAACAAUGGUCAAUUUUUUUCAAUUAAAUGUGUUUAAUAAAUGUUUUCACCACUGAAA